AGAAUGUUGAAGGAGAUCCAAAUAGUGCUCUGUUUUUUUUUUGUCUUUGUCUUUGCCAUUUUGUAUGAACUCUCCCUGCAGUCUGGCUGUGUCUUCUCUUGCAUGCCUAUUGCUAAGCGAUUCCUGACGCAAGAAGAUGUUAUGAGCCAGAGCAGAAGCAUCAUCUUUGUGGAGACCACAGAUCGCCUUGAGCCUCCUCCGCUGGUUUCAUGUUCUGUGGAAUCUGCUGCCAGGAUCUACCAUGACAGACCUGUUGUUUUCUUCAUGAAAGGGCUGAACAAUAGCACAUGGCUGGAUUCAAAUUCCACUUACGCAGCCUUCUCACUUUUAUCUGCUAUGAAGAAUGUCUUCAUUUUUCCUUUACAGAUGGACACCUUAUUCCAGGAGACACCUCUGCUCCCAUGGUAUCAUAAGGUAAAUGCAGCCCAGGAAAAGCACUGGGUUCAUAUCAGCUCUGACGCCAGCAGACUUGCACUCAUCUGGAAAUACGGUGGGAUCUAUAUGGACACAGAUGUCAUCUCCAUCAGGCCUAUUCCAGUGGCAAACUUCCUGGCGGCCCAGGCUUCCCAGUUCUCCAGCAAUGGGGUUUUUGGCUUUCCUCACCAUCACUGGUUCAUUUGGGAUUGCAUGAAUGAUUUUGUUCAAAACUACAAUGGACGCAUUUGGGGAAACCAAGGACCCAUCUUAAUGACGAGAAGGCUGCGAGCCUUGUGCAACCUGACCAAUUUCCAUAAUGUGGAGGAUCAAAGCUGUCAGAACAUUUCCUUCUUACAUCCUCAGCGUUUCUACCCUAUCCCUUACCCAGCAUGGAGGCAGUACUAUGAGGUCUGGGAUACAAGCCUUGACUUCAACGACUCCUAUGCUUUGCACCUGUGGAACUUCAUGAACAAGGAACACAAGCCUGUGAUCGCAGGAAGUAACACAUUAGUGGAAAAUCUGUACAAAACAUACUGCCCCACCACUUAUAAGGACCUUAUUCAAGGCACAGAAGGCAGUGGUCAUAUGCAGCAAAACAAGACUGAAUGACUGGAACUAGCAGAACGAGGUGUUCUUUCCAGCCCUGAUACUCCUUUGACUAAAAUAAACUGCACAAUAUGUACCUCCUCUUAGUCAGUGACUCUCAGCCAUUUUCUAUCUGCAGACCACUUUGUAGGAGAGAACCUCUCAGAAACCACCUCUUCUCCCAAGUUUCCCCAGGACCUAAUUAAAUGUGUAGGAAGGUGGGGGUGUAAAUAUCAUG